AUGGGCAAGAAGACAUCUCGCCCGUCGGCCAAGGUCGGCACAUCCGCUUCGUCAGCUGCGGAUCUCGCUGGUGCAAGCAGCAAAUCGUCCAUUCUUCGAGCUGUGUUUUCCCCCUCAGAGUAUCAAUUGGCGCUCUUUGCCUCUGUCAUCCAAGGUCUGGAUGCGCAGCACCUCCGAAUUCACGACGUGAACACUGGCCGCCUACAAUGCGAACAUGCCCUGGGACCGAAGGAGACAGUCACCUCUUUGGACUGGGGGUAUUAUGGCGGCAAGAAUAAGGACCAGUCGAAGAAGAAGCGCAAGCGCGGAUCUGAUGUCAAUGGUGACAUCGAUGGAUUGGAUCAGGGCGACGUCGUGGUUGCGUUUGGAACCAGCACUUCGGAUAUUCGAAUGUUCUCACCUUCCGAGGACAAAGUUGUCGGUACACUCACCGGCGCCCAUGACAAGGGUAUCAAGGAUUUCAAGUUCAGCGCGGAGAAGCCCGGUCAAGAGGCUUGGAGUAUUGGUGGAGAUAACAAGCUUGUCCAGUGGGAUCUCCGCACUGGGCAGAGUGUAAGGACAAUUCACUUGCCCGCCUCAUCCACUUUCACUGCUCUCUCCCGACCCGUCUCCUCCAACACACCCAUCGUGUGCGCUUCGCAAACCCCCUACCUUGUCAAUGUCGAAAACUCCGAGGAGCAACCAGUCAAGUUUCCGGCGAUGCGCAACCAGAUUCACACCGUCAUCGCAUCAUCCGACUCAUUCCUUGCUGCCGAUGGCGAGCGAUUCGUGAACGUCUUCCAAGCUUCUACCCAGAAGCUGGUUCGCAACCUUGUUGCUGAUCAGGACGUCACCUCCGUCUCGCUUCUCGACAAUGCCAUUCCCGAGAAGCAGAUUCUUGCCGCUGUCACCGAGAAUGGAACGAUCGAAUUCUUCACGAAACCGUUUGCCCCGGCUGCCCCGGCUGCUGCGAGCGCCAAAGCCAGUCGCAAGCAAAUGACUCAAAAGGCAAACGCUUCUUUGAAGGUUUUGCGCACCGGUGAAUCAGACUCUUGUGUACCGGUAGUGUCAACCGCGUUUGUUGGUUCUGACAUCGUAGUUGCAUAUGCCGAGGGUGGCGUGGUUCCCGUUUUCCAGCGGGUGAAGUUGCUCGACGACUCGAGCGAGGAGUUGUCUUUCACAGGGGUCAAGGCAGUUGUGAAGACCAAGUCUAGCUCUGCUAUCGCAUCAGCGGCUGUCAACGGCGCGAAGAACGCCACAGAGGGUCGUGUGGAUGAGACACAUGUCGUUGUUGCCGCCGGUAACAUUAUGGAUAAUGAUGUUGAGAUGAACGAUGGCGACAAUGGCGCCGACUCUGAAUAUGGUAGCGAUGUUGACUCCGACGUUGAGAACUCAGCCAAGCCCACCAAUGAAAAGAAGACCAAGUCCGCCAAGCAAGCUGCUCCCGCCGACGCAGAUGUUGAAAUGAACAAUGUCGCAUCAGAGGAUGAAGACGAAGAGGAGGAGGAUGGUGUUGAGCCCUCGUUCGGCGAGAUCAUGCGCGCCAACGCUGGUCAAGAAGUCGAUGUCGAAGCGGAGCUGGACGAGGAUAACUUGAUGGGUGCUCUUGUGCCCGGCAAGCCGACGACCGCUGUUCAGCAAAUCCCUACUGGCGUUUCACUCGCCACCGUUCUCACUCAGUCCCUCAAGACCAACGAUAAGGACAUGCUUGAGUCCUGCUUCCACACCGCCGACACCUCCAUUAUCCGCACUACCAUUCAACGUCUCGAGUCUCCCUUGGCCGCGACUCUUCUUCAAAAGCUCGCCGAGCGUCUUUCCUCUCGCCCGGGUCGCUAUGGUCACCUUCUCGUCUGGGUGCAGUGGACCUGUGUCGCGCACGGAGGUGCGUUGGCCGGUCAUCCCGAGCUCUUGAAUCGCAUGGCGACUCUUUAUAAGGUCAUGGACCAACGUUCAUCAAGCCUGCCAUCUCUGCUCUUGUUGAAGGGCAAGCUGGAUAUGCUAGAUGCACAGCUCGGUCUCCGACAGUCAAUUCGCGGCGGCGACGAGAUGGACAGCGAGGACGAGGACAAUGUCAUUUAUGUUGAGGGCCAAGACGACGAGGAAGACGACGAGGGUAAGCCUCGAACCAAGUCCAUCCGCGAUUCCGCCUUUGAGCAAGACGAAGACGAGUCAAUGAUGAACGGCGUGGAUGACGAGUCCGACGACGAUGAGGAUGAGGAUGAGGAGGACGAGGACGGCUAUGAGGGUAUUUUGGAUAUUGAGGCUGAGGAAUCAGCUGAUUCAUCCGAUGCCGAGGAGUCUCUCGAGGAGAAUGAGGACGACGAAGACGAGGAUAGUGAAGGUUCUUUGGCUGACUUUGUCGCCGAUACCGAGGACGAGGACUCCGACGACGAGAUGAUCGAGGCGCCCCCUCCUUCAAAGAAGACCAAAACCACCGCGAGCAAGAAGAAGACUGGGAAGAAAUAA